CGAUCUCCCUGGUGGCUAAUGGUCAUUCUGCGUGGACGAAGAAGAAGAAGAAGAACGACGACGGAACUUUAACGAAGACAUCCAAAGUGCACCGUUGUGCUGAGAGUACAGCAUGGACCAUGAUGUCCAGCCCAGUGAACCACAAGAGCCGCGUUCCGGGUCUACGCGUGUGCUCGCCGACGAACCCUCCUUCCUGCAGAACAUCCUGGCGAAACACAAUCCAUGCAUUCUGCUCUUUCUCUUCGUAGCAAUUCUGACCAUAGCAGGAGCGUGCACUGGAAUCUUUUACGCUGUCUUCGAGCAUUUUCAGACAAUCGUCGACCUUCCAACUGACGACCCCAUAGUUCCAAGGAGACGUCAGUUACCACGCGAGUCGAUGCAGAAGAUUGAGGUCUCCAGGAAUGUCUUCUGCUUUUUGAACCAUAACCCCAAGUCCGGUUCGCCUUACAAAUUCUUUAUCGAGAACGUGAGCGUGUCCUACUGUAGUACUCUGGUUUACGCGUCGUUGGGUAUUGACAGAAGCGGAACUAAAAUUCGCAGCAAAAACCCGGAGGUUGAUUUCACAGCUAGAGGAAUCAAGAGGUUCGUCGGUCUUAAAAAGACCCGGCAGGACCUCACGAUUUUGCUAUGCAUCGGCAGCGACGAUAGGGACUCCGAACACUUCCGUAAAGCCGUUAGCAGUCGCGAGACCAGGCUUUCAUUUAUCGGUCACACAAUCGCGUGGUUGAGGGAGCAAGGCUUCGACGGUGUCGUCCUCUACUGGCGGUACCCCAACUUGGAAGUGAGGACUAAUUUUAGCAGGCUGCUGACAAGUGCAAAAUCGAUGUUCGCCAAAUCCAACUUGAUCGCGUGCGUCGUACUGCCUUGGCACAGCAGUGUACGACAAAAGGCCUACUACGUGGAAUCCAUAUUCAACAAUUUCGAUUACGUUUUCAUCGAUAGUCACAGAACUGUCGACCCGUACCUGUUCCCGGUGACAACGUGCCAGAGUCCCAUCAGGUCUGUGUUCCGGGCCAGGCACCAAGGACAACCGGGGCUGGCGACCAUCCUGGACGACCUAUCUUUGGAGUCGUCCGGUUCGCUGAAACGAACUGCGCUCAGCAUUUCACUUGGUGGUGUGUCCUUCACCGUGUGGAAGCCAAUGAUCCAUCGAGUAGGUAUGAGCGCCACUGGACCAGCGAGGCCGAUGGACUAUACAAAAAAGAUGGGUAAAGUGAGCUACUAUGAGGUGAUGGAAACGCUUCACAAGAACUCCAGCUGGACCAAAUUCUACCACAGGUUUUCUGGUUGCUCGGUGGCGUUCUCGGCGGGGACGUGGAUAGGUUUCGAGGACGUUAAGAGCAUCAGUGCAAAGAGACCACUCGUCAGGAAAACAUCCGGUAUUGCUGUGUGGGACCUGGAGAUGGAUGACUUCUCCGGUGGUCUAGGUCCGGCUUGGCCGCUGUUAACGCAGGUGCACAGCCUUGUGGUCGACUAAGCCUUUUAUGACAACUUUUUCUCACGCCCUACUAUAAUAAAAUUUGAAUGUUGUCCGUUUCUA